AUGGUGGCGACAUCCGACUGCAUUAAGGCUAAAAUAAUAACUGCGAAAAAGGUGUCCAAACCUCUUAUGGAGAAGAAAAGGAGGGCUCGCAUAAACAAAUGCUUAGACCAGUUAAAAUAUCUACUGGAGAACUAUUACACCAACAAUAUUCGAAAACGCAAGCUGGAGAAAGCAGACAUCUUAGAACUAACCGUGAGGCAUCUGAGAAAUCUACAAAAGAUUCAGAAUGGCUCGUCCUCAAGCUCUGAGAUCUCUGACUAUCAAGCAGGCUUCCGGAAUUGUCUAGCGGGCGUUAAUCAAUACAUGUUGAUGGCAGACAACUCUAAAGGGAGCAGUCGUUUGAGCGUGCUGGCGCAUCUUUCAAGCAACCUGCUAUGCACUGAAGAACAGGCGCUCAACUCCAGCACCGUGGACAGCGACUACAGCGCACCUGCCAAGAUCAAGCACCAUUGGUGA